AUGCUGAUUACUCCCCGAACGUAUUCCGCCUCCCAAACGCCCGAUCAAGGUGCGGCUGCUUCUCGCAUUGAGGGCACUGCCCACUUCUAUACACUCGGUGGCUGGUGGCCCAGCCCCGAGACGACCAGCCAAGCUGCAGAUAUGUUGUUGGUCCACCAGACAGGCAGUGUCCGGGUUGGAGAGAUUGUCCGGUACACACUCACGUACACUCCAGCCGCCGAUCCAAUCCUGCCUUUGCCCUCGGAGCUUCACGUGAGGGUGAAGAAUACCUCCGCGAUCCCUCUCCGAGCAGCCUAUCUCCACGGCCCAUACACGCUUUACGCCGCUUGCUACCCCUCGAGAUUUGAUCCGAAUAUUAAAUAUGACAGCCACGAUACCGAUGGAACCCCCCAGUUUGAGCCAUACCUCAAAGCCGGAGGGAGUUGGGAUGCCACCGUCAAGAUCCCCACGCGCUUCGGGGAUUCACAUAACCUGGCCGCAGGCCAUUUUGGGCCAGAAGGAGACCGUUCUGUAACCUGGGUGAUUGAAAUUGUGUCUCAAGUCAUCUUUUCGAGCAGCGCGGCAGUUCACUUCGAGCUACUGGUGGGCCGUGACGCAAAGUCAGUCGAUUUCUUCUCCGCCGGAUCGUCGAACACCGGGAUGGGACCUCCGGGCAAAUUGCAAGACCAUUGGCCGAUGGGGACUGGGGCGCAGCCAGUGAUGGCUACGAAGGGAAUCUUCUCUAAAUCAAUCACUCUACGAGUGGAUGAUACCCGUAGUUUGUGGAACAGCCCGCCAUUGCCCUCGGCAUCACCGAAUCCCGUGAAUCGUCAGUCGGAGGUGGGAUGUACAGAAACGACAGAGGCCGGGAGCCAUGUAGAGGCCCCGUCUGACAAAUCGUCGAAGAAAAAAAAGGUUCACCUUGUGGUGAUCACCCAUGGCUUGCACAGCAAUUUGGGUGCGGACAUGCUCUAUCUUAAGGAGAGCAUUGACGCUGCUGCGAAACAGUGCAAGGCGAAAGUUGCCGAACGGCAAAACGACGCAAACGACGCAAACGACGCAGACGGAAAUGAUGAAGAAGUGAUCGUACGGGGGUUUUCGGGCAACGCCGUUCGCACCGAGCGUGGAAUUCAGUAUCUCGGCAAACGGCUUGCCAAAUAUGUCCUGUUGAUGACUUACCCUGACCAGUCCUAUUUCCCGUUGAAGAACUCGAAAUCGAAGGCAUUUCCUCGCCCUUUCAGCGCUCGCAAGGAGCAGGCUCGGCCCAGUUCUGAUCCUCACUCAUCCUAUCAGACUGUCGAAGGGGAGACGGAGGCCAAUGAACACGCCUACCAGAUCACAAGUAUCAGCUUUAUUGGACAUUCAUUGGGCGGCCUCAUCCAAACCUACGCUAUUGCAUACAUUCAAAAACACUCUCCUGAGUUCUUUGACCGGAUCAAACCGAUAAACUUCAUCGCCCUUGCAACGCCGUUCCUGGGUCUCAGCAACGAGAAUCCCCUGUAUGUUCGUUUCGCUCUGGACCUAGGGCUUGUUGGACGGACUGGUCAGGAUCUUGGACUCAGCUGGACUGCGCCAAAAGUUCGAAGUGGCUGGGGGGCCAUCAUCGGGGGCCGAGGCGAAUCGACCAAGGAUCAAAGCCAGUCCGACCCGGGAGCAAAGCCUCUCUUACGGAUCUUACCAUGUGGGCCGGCUCACGAGGUUCUCCAGAAGUUUCACCACCGGACGGUGUAUUCCAAUGUGGUCAAUGAUGGAAUUGUCCCUUUGCGAACAUCCUGUCUUCUCUUUCUCGACUGGCGCGGCCUCGACCGAGUGGAGAAAGCCAGGCGGGAUAAUGGACUUGUCGGGACUAUGGCGGAAUGGGGUUGGGCGGAACUGACAGGCGCCAACUCCAAGUCUCCGCAGCUCCCUCGUUCGGACGAGAACCCCAGGCUCGGGGUCGGUGUCCCUGGCAUUGGUGCAAGCCAUUCUAUGCCCCCCAACGGCGUUCCACCGCCCUUGCAAGAUAAUGAAGCUCUAUCUCUACAUGAUGACCAAGAAUCCCCGUCGCCGGCGCAAUUCCUUGCUCAGCGUAAGCCUUCCACGCACGAGAGUAUCGUGGCCGAGCUCGGGCCAAAGAAUGAGAGAUUGGAACCCAAUUCGGGCCCAUUGAGCAGCUUCCUCGCUUUCUUCCGGGCCAACGCGACUAAGGAACCUAAGGAGACCAAACCGGUUCACCAAAGCAAGAAGCAGUCUAAGAUUUACAAACGCAGUCAGACCCUUGGCUCUUUCGAUACCAAUGACCCCCCAGCCUCCAGCGUGCGAGGCAAUUCUUUGUAUGAAGAUGAAGAAGGCGUCCACACGCCUCCUAAGACGACGUUCUUCGAGUCAGCAGGGGAUUUGCUGAUGCCACCCUUGCCGCCUUCGGAUUUCAUUCUAGACCCGGCGGCUCGUCCCCGAACCAUCUUCCAUGACCGCAUCUACCACCCUGAUGAUAUCCCGACGCCAAUCCCCGGAAAACGACGCACUCUGACAUUUGGACCAUUGCAAAAUAGGCAUGCCAAAACGGCUCCUCCUGGGACGACUCAGUUAUCGUCCAGUUCCACCACGAGCCAGAGCCACGGCCAAAGCGGGCUCAAGGUUGAAGAGAAGAUUGCCCGUGCCUAUCACCGCGAUCUCACCUGGCGCAAAGUCCUUGUUCGUCUGGAACCGGAUGCCCACAACAAUAUCAUCGUGCGGCGCAUGUUCACCAAUGCGUAUGGGUGGCCCGUUGUGAAGCACCUUGUCGACACCCACUUCGGCCAUUCCCCUAGCGUGGAGAUUGAUGACACCCUGAAGUGCAGUGCAGAGAGGGCCAAGCCCCCGAAUGUGGCGCCGACAAGCUCCGGCGAUGAGGUUGAGGGCCAGUCCGAUGGAUCUGCCAGUCCAGCACAUUCGUGGGUUGAUCGUGGUCAUUCACUUCCACUACCUCAACCUGAUCCGUUCCCAGCGGAACAUGAAUCUCACAAAACCUCCAGUACGCACGAACGUGCGUACUCCAAUGAGGUCUCCCGACAAGAUUCUGCGCGAUGGACAGAUCGCCAAAUUGAUGAAGAUGACGACUGUGAAUCCGGAUUGGAAGAGGACGCGGCUGGUUUUCGGUGGUCCCCAGCGCCGCAGCCAAGUUCUUGA